AUGUCGACCACCAUGCGGUCCCGCACCGCCCUGGGGGACAUCGGCAACCGCAUCGCCGCGCCGAAGACGCGGGCUGCCGUCAAGAAGGUGGCGGCAGCGGCGGAAAGGGGCUGCGUGCGGAAGCCGGGCACCAGGCCCGUGCGGGCCACCUCCCCGGGUAGGGUAACUACCAGGAGCAUGCUGAAGGCUGCCGCCACGGAGCAAGUGCCGCCACCAGCCCCGGAGCCCCAGCUGGAGCCCUCCCAGCUGAAGCCUCAGUCUCCAUCUCCCACGGAAGCAUCUGGAUGUGCCCCACCAGAAGACAUGCUGUGUCAGGCUUUUUCUGAUGUCUUGCUUGAUGUGCAAGAUGUAGAUGCGGAAGACGGUACUGACCCAAACCUUUGCAGCGACUAUGUGAAGGACAUCUACAGAUAUCUGAGAGAUCUUGAGGAAAAACAACCCAUCAGACCCAAAUACCUGGCCGGCCAGGAAAUCAAUGGGAACAUGCGUGCCAUACUAAUAGAUUGGCUUGUGCAAGUACAGAUAAAAUUCAGACUCCAUCAGGAGACCCUGUACAUGGCAGUUGCUAUCAUCGAUCGCUACCUGCAGAACAAUGCUGUUUCCAAGAGGAUGUUGCAGCUAGUUGGUGUCACAGCAAUGUUCAUUGCCACCAAAUAUGAAGAGGUUUUUCCCCCAAAUAUUGGAGACUUUGCCUACGUAACUGAUCACACUUACACAAACUUGCAAAUACGCAAGAUGGAGAUGAAUAUCCUGCAAGCCUUGGACUUCAGAGUGGGUCACCCUCUCCCUCCACACUUCCUAAGGAGGGCUUCAAAGAUUGCAGAGGUGGACUUUGAACAGCACGUUCUGGCCAAGUACCUGAUGGAGUUGUCCAUUGUGGACUAUGAUAUGGUUCACUUCCCUCCAUCCAAGACUGCAGCAGCUGCUUCCUGUUUAGCUCUGAAACUCCUCGGUGGAUGCGAGUGGACACCAACACUGCAACACUACAUGUCUUACACGGAGAGUGACCUUCUCCCAGUUAUGCAGCAUAUAGCAAAGAACAUAAUUCUGGUGAAUGAGGGCAUUAUGAAGCACGUGGCAAUCAAGAACAAAUAUGCCAGCAGUCAAAACAGCAAGAUAAGCAUUAUUAAACAGCUGCAUUCUUCCGUCGUCUGGAAUCUAGCACAACCUCUUAUUUCUUAA